AUGCAUCACGAUAAACACAGUUGGUUAAGUGGCCGGGGCGUUUGCUUCGCUGCCAACGCCCCGGCCGGCUUCCGCUCGCACGACGACGGUCUCAGCACCAAAUUCGACGGCAAAAUGCCCGUCUUUCCUAUUAAGGGCUCGUUUAGUUACGUGGACCUCAAUGGUGUGAAACAGACGGUCGACUACGUUGUGGACGAGUCUGGCUACCGCGUGUCUGGCACCAACCUGCCGGCGUCUGCCGUCACCGACGUGAAGGCGCUCGCCAAGACUACUGCUACCAAGAGUGGCUACCGCAAGAAACGCAGCGCUCUGCCGAUCAGCGAUACCCCUGAGGGAGCCGCCGCCAAGGCUGAGUCAACGGUGUCAGCAGCCCAAUUCUACGGUAAAAUCCCCGUCUUUCCUAUCGUCGGCUCGUUUAGUUACGCCGACCUCAAUGGUGUGAAACAGACAGUGGACUAUGUUGUGGACGAGUUUGGGUACCACGUGUCUGGCACCAACCUGCCGGCGGCUGCCGUCACCGACUACGUCCUGCCCUACAGCGGCCAGACCCACUCGGUACAACCGGACGCCUCCAGAUACUCGACCAACUUGGCCGCGUCCAAGUACGCUUUUGCCGCCUAUAACGACUUCGCUGCCAACGCCCCGGCCGGUGUCCACCCCCAGGUCGACGGUGUCAGCACCCAAUUCGACGGUGAAAUUCCCGUCUUUCCUAUCGUUGGCUCGUUUAGUUACGCCGACCUCAAUGGUGUGAAACAGACGGUCGACUAUGUUGUGGACGAGUUUGGCUGCCAUGUGUCUGGCACCAACCUGCCGGCGGCUGCCGCCACCGGCGUGAAGAGGCCCACCGACGCUGGUGCUACCAACAGUGGCUACCGCAAAUAA